CAGUGCCAGCCUCCUCCCCUGACCCAACCUAACUUCCAAAUUAGCGCUUUUCUGUACCCCACUUGUCCUUACUCCGUCCAGGUGCUGCCAACUUUGCCAUGAUUGAUGGGGAAGGAAAGCAGAUAAACUUGCCAGAAUUUCAUCAUUUAUAAUAGCAGUUAAACAGUCAGCAUGCCUUAUAAAGGUGAGCCUCAUAGAACCUACUAGAGACUACAAAGAAUUCUAGGCAAAAUAGAACGCGCAGUAGUUUGUUCUAACGAGUAAGAUGGAUCCCUGUUCAGUUGGAAUUCAGCUUCGCGCUACUAAUGAAUGUCAUAAGACAUACUAUACCCGCAAUACCGGCUUCAAGACUUUGCAAGAAAUAUCAUCAAAUGAUAUGCUUUUACUUCAGCUUAGGACUGGAAUGACCCUUUCGGGAAAUAAUACAAUCUGCUUCCAUCAUGCAAAAAUUUACAUUGACAGAUUUGAGGAUUUGCAAAAGUCGUGUUGUGACCCAUUUAACAUUCACAAAAAGCUUGCAAAGAAAAAUUUGCAUGCUAUCGAUUUAGAUGAUGCAACCUUUCUAAGUGCCAAGUUUGGAAGACAGCUUGUACCUGGUUGGAAGCUUUGCCCAAGGUGUACACAGAUAAUCAAUGGAACUGUGGACAUUGACUCUGAAGAACGCCAGAGAAGAAAACCUGAUUCAGACGGACGAACUGCUAAAGCCUUGAAGUCCUUGCAGUUUGCCAAUCCAGGGCGCCAAACUGAGUUUACUCCAGAGACAAGUAAGAGGGAAAAGAGGAGGUUACAGACGAAAAACACUCCAGCUAAUUCAGACAGACAAGUGAUACCAGCAAAGAGUAAAGUCUAUGAUAGCCAGGGACUCCUCAUCUACAGCGGAAUGGACCUCUGUGACUGCCUGGAUGAAGAUUGUUUGGGUUGUUUCUAUGCUUGUCCCAACUGCGGUUCCAACAAGUGUGGGCCUGAAUGCCGCUGUGACCGCAAGUGGCUCUAUGAGCAAAUUGAAAUCGAAGGAGGUGAAGUUAUUCGUAAUAAGCACGUCGGCUAACUUAAACGCGGUUCUAUUGAAAAGUUGACAGGCGGCCUAAAGGCGAUAAGAAAAUGUAUAGUACGUGUCGAUGGUGUAUUUCAGGGUGAUUUGGGGGGGGUUCAGUGUUUCAUUUGUGUUUUUCAAGGGCUGUUGGUACACAAAGUAGCAGCUUUAAUCCACUGUGGGGAAGCAAACAGGCCAGAAGGCUGGAACCGGUGCUCGGCUCUUCAAGGAGGAUAGAUCCCAGUACAAUCGAGUGGGUGAAUGCUUAAAAACCGGCCUUAAGUCACUGUGACUUAAGCGCGAGGCUAGGUCAUCAAAAGACAUCUGCAUAGUUAAAUGUGUGGCGGCUUUCUUGGAGAUCAAUUUUAGCCUUUUCUAACCGUCAGAAGUGGGGUUUGUUACAUCUUCACAUAUACAGUAUGACCCUGAAAAUAGAGGUGCAUCUUUGACUCACAGUGAUCCUUUUUGAUGUUGCGACUGCUGACACCUUUCCCCUCCUUUAGACGUAAUGCCCCCUUAGUUUAGAGUAAUACUAAGAUGUGUCGAUAAAACCAUAUUAAGAAGACCUUAAAAUGUAAUGUAGGUGCCACAAUUCCAAACUCAUGUAGCCUGCCAGAAGUAUCUACUAGCAGAGAUGCACCUUUUGUGAGUACCCAAGUAAAACCCCUGCGUAUUGGGGGUGUGCAUCUAGAAAUCUGUUUCUCUGAGUGAAACAACUACUGAUUAGUGUCUCUUAGGCUUCAACGCUAUUUGCUCCGGGGACUGAGAGUCAUUUUUGUCCCUGAACACCUUUAAACUUCCAAGGCCAAACUAUGGUACCCAACCGGACUGUCUGUGUCUUAUCGUCAUCUUUCAGGCAGUUUGGGGAGGAUUCGUAUUCAGUGCACUGCUACUGCAGCAUAAUUCAUGCUACCCCGAGUUGGUGGCCUAUCUUAGGUGAUCUUACCUUGGGGUAUGUACAGACAGGUAGAAUUUCACUUUCUUCUUUUAGAUGCGAACAGCUGGUGUGAAAUUGAAUUGGCUGCCUUUUAGUCAACUACUUUUGUUUUUAAUGUUGGUAUUAUUGGCACGGUAGCUAAUUAGAUGAUUACGUGAAGAGCGAUGCUUCCAUCCUCACAGGUCCUAGCUGGCGUUUUGCAUCAUGCUUGAGUGUCUUUACUUAGCUGACUGAGCUUUAAAUGAAAGUCGCAGGACUCGUGUUUUAAUGGAAUAUAAAGAGAUGUAAAUCCAGCUUGUUUAGACCUGAGUUUUGGGGGGUUUAUUUAGAAAGUAUGAACAUUAACAUUAAUAUUUCUGUCUUGUUUUUCUUUUUCUCUUCCGUGACUAGUUUUUAAGAGGUCCAAUUAUUUAAGACUACUCUAACUCUGCGAAUGUUGACGAAUGAGCUUAAUAUACAUACGCAGGCUGGAAUGGCAGCCAGUUUUAGGGUGUAAUAAAUAGAUACGUCGCUUUUAUUUCAGGUUUGUCAUUUUCAAUACAUUGUUAAAUUAUACAUGUGGGAUUUACCUGCAAAUAUUAAUUGGAAAGUAAUUAAUAUAACUUAUUUCAAGGUCAACGUAUUUCGAGAAUAAGGACCAGCAACUUUUGUAGUAGAAGUCCCGGAUUCUUUGUUAUAAACCUUCAGUAUCUUGGUUUGUGCUGACAUCUGCUGGUGUUUUCUGACAAUAAACUGAGCUUUACAGGUCGCACAUUG